AUGAGAGAAUCUAGGACCCCGCAGAACACACCUGCUUCAAAUGCACCAAUCUCUUCCCAUGCGCAAGCUCCCACCAUCAGUGAUAUUCAAGAAGAGGACCUUGACCGUGCUGCAGCGGCCUCGAUAUUCGCCAAAAAUCCUGCUCUUGUCUCUAUGAUGCAGGAGAAGCUCGGCUCCCUUGUUGGCCGAUCAUCUGGAUACGUCGAGUCCUUACCCACCCCUGUCCGCCGACGCGUCACUGGCCUGAAGGGAAUCCAAAAGGAUCAUGCCAAAUUGGAAGCCGAGUUUCAGGAAGAGGUCCUUCAACUCGAGAAGAAAUACUUCGCAAAGUUCACUCCAUUGUACAAAAAGCGAGCGGCCAUUGUGAACGGAGAGACUGAACCCACCGAAUCCGAGAUCGAGGCUGGCAAGGCCGAGGAAGAUGAAGAAACCGAGGAAGAGGCCGAGGCAGACAAAGAGGAAAAGACUUCUGCCGAGGACCUGAAGGGAAUCCCCGAGUUCUGGCUUACGGCCAUGAAGAACCAGAUCUCUCUUGCGGAACUCAUCACCGACCGCGACGAGGAGGCUCUCCGAUCGCUGACCGACAUUCGGAUGGAGUACCUCGACCGACCUGGUUUCCGCCUAAUCUUCGAAUUUGCCCCCAAUGACUUCUUCACCAACAAGACCAUCACCAAGACGUAUUACUACAGAGAUGAGAAUGGCUACGGUGGUGACUUCAUCUAUGAUCACGCCGAGGGCGACAAGAUCGAAUGGAAGCCAGGAAAGGACCUGACUGUCCGCGUCGAAAGCAAAAAGCAGAGAAACAAGAACACCAAGCAGACGCGAGUCAUCAAGAAGACCGUCCCUACUGAGUCCUUCUUCAACUUCUUUUCCCCUCCUGUCCCGCCGACCGACGAGGAUGAGGUCGCUUCCGACAUCGAGGAAAGACUCGAGCUGGAUUACCAGUUGGGUGAAGACAUCAAGGAGAAGCUCAUCCCACGAGCCAUCGACUGGUUCACCGGCGAAGCUUUGGCGUUCGAGGAGUUCGACGAUGCCGACGAUGCCGAGUUUGAAGAUGAGGACGAUGAAGAUGACGAGGAUGAAGAAGAGGCCGAGUCCGAAGAGGACGAUGAGGAAGAAGGUGGCAAACCUCGAUCCCAGCAGGCCUCGGAGUGCAAGAACCAGUAG